AUGUCAUCCGUGCAGCAACGCAAAGCUGAGAUUCUUGCGAAGAGAGCGAAACUCGCCGAAUUGAAACGACAGAGAGAGUUGCGACAGAAGGAAUUCUCCCAGAGUCGGGCCAACAGCGGAGAUGCUUCAGAGGUAUGGCAGGCCCCGCAACGUCAAAAGUUCGGAACAAAUUUUGAUUCUAUAUUUUCUACGAAGAUCGUAUCGCCUGUUCCCAGUCGUUCCGAUAGCAGAGCUGAGCUCGAUGACCUGAUCUCCCGCCUUGUCGAUCGUCCGGGAUCCGCCUCUGUUAGCCAUGCCGACGGUCCCUCGCGACGAGGUAGCAGGCCGAACUCCGUUCUAAGCGCCAGCCAGCUGAGCGGAGAUAAUACUGAAGCGUUGAAUCCUACUACAAGAGCGUUUCAUCAGUCGAUCGCCGUUCAAACCGAUGUGGCAGAGCCUUUCGUUGCCUCCUCUGCACCCCCGCCGCCCCCUGAACCCAAACCCGAAGUUGUCACAUACAGUAAAGGAGUGCAAACAGACGAAUCCAAAAAACACCAGUCAGACUCAGAAUCAGAGACAGAAGACUUGGAAGAUGGAACAAGUUCAAGCAAACGUCACAGUAAAAGGGGCCGCGAGCGGGACGAGGAAAUCAGGAGGAAGCUCCGCAAGGAGAUUGAGGAGGAACUACAGGCCACUCAACAGCAGGCUGUUGAUGGCCCAGGGGCUGAGUCUACGAACCUGCGUUAUCCCUUGCGCACACUGGAUGAUGAUGAGCUGAAGGCGGUCACAUCUUCAGACGACUUCCUGGACUUUGUGGAGCGGUCAACUCGUGUUAUUGAGCGGGCCUUGGAUGAGGAAUAUGAUGUGUUGGCGGAUUAUGAGCUUGGGGGGAUUGAUGGAGAUUUGGAAGACGAUGUUGAGCAUGGGAAAAAACGUAAGAGUAUCCGAGAGGUUUGUCAGUUCUAUGAUGAACGGUGGAGCAAGAAACGUAUGAUCAGUGAUCUGAGUUUCUCUCCCAAGUUCCCGGAACUCGUGCUGGCGGCAUACACUAAGAAUCCUUCUGCUCCUCACGAACCCGAUGGGCUCGUCCAAGUUUGGAACCAGCACUUGCACUCCCGCCCCGAAUAUGUGUUCCACUCGACUUCCGAUAUCCUAACGGCCAAGUUCUCGCCCUUCCACCCCAACCUCAUUGUCGGCGGUUCGUAUUCGGGGCAGGUCCUACUAUGGGAUACGCGAUCGUCACGGGCAGGUGGUGGUGCCCCAGUACAGAAGACGCCCCUGACUGGCUCUGGGCACACCCAUCCCGUGUACAGCAUCUCCAUUAUCGGCACACAGAAUGCGCACAAUAUCUUGACAGCGUCUACAGACGGCGUUGUCUGCGGAUGGACAGUUGAUAUGCUGUCACAGCCACAGGAGUACCUGGAACUGGCCACACCACCGCCGUCCAAGACAGAAGACCUGGCCCCGACAACCAUGUCCUUCCCUCAAUCCGAUCCGACUUUCUUCAUUGUCGGCACCGAAGAGGGAGGCAUCUAUCCCUGCCACCGUUACGAUCGUGCGGGAGCCAAGGCGGGUACAGAUCAGCGGCUCGCGUAUCGCGGCCACGCCGCGCCGAUCAUGUCGACGGCCUUCCAUCCUGCCAGGGGCCCCGUCGACCUCGGCGACUUAAUGUUGAGCUCCAGUCUGGACUGGAGCGUCAAGCUCUGGCGCGUGCGGCCGCCCGCAACGACGGCACCGGCCACGUCGGCGGCCAUUGCCACGAACCAAGUGGUAUCUCCGAUCCUCGAUCUCAACCGCGAGGAUGUUGUUUACGAUGCCCGGUGGUCGCCCCACCGCCCUGGUGUCUUCUCCCUCGUCGAUGGUGCUGGCAACCUCGAGGUUUGGGAUCUCUGCACGGACACCGAAGUCCCCGUCGUGCGAACCUCGCCGUCCAGGGGUCGUGGCGGUAUUCUGACCAGGAGUCUGAACAAGGUGGCUUGGGAAGAGCGGGAGGGCAAACGAAUUGCAACCGGCGGGCUGGAUGGUGUCGUGACUAUCUUCGAGGUCGGUAAGGGCCUCAGCGGCACCCCCGAGGACGUGCCCGCAGAAGAAUGGACCGCGAUGAAGCGCCUGGCAGGGAAAUUAGAGCAGAGGGAUCGCGCGAACUAA